UCUUUUUUUCAUAUUUUAUAUUAAUUGUUAAUUGGUUUUUAAGUUUGUAACUGCCGUGAUAUAAAUAACAGUUUAACGGAAUAUUUGUUUUUUCCUAACAAGUUCAUUAGUAUUCCAAUUUUUGAAGAUUUGUGUUCUUGUCUUUGUAUUUUUCCUGAAUUUUUUGUUUCUCUGUGAUUCGAUGAAAAAUGAAAUCAUCUUCUUCUCUUUACCAAGAUAAACUCCAUCGCUACGGCAAAAACGAACGGUGCAACAUCAAAGGACGAGUGGCUUCUUUCUUGUUUUCUUCUCUCGCUUUUACUACCAUUUUGAGCAUCUUCUUCCUCUACUCUCCAAACCCAUUAAAAAUUACGCCCAAACAAGACACCGACCAGAGCCCGAUCUUCAGCAAAUCGAAAAAUGAGAAGGAGAAGUGUGACUUGUUCAAAGGCCGAUGGAUUCCGGAUCUUGAAGGGGGGUCACAGUAUACGAAUUCAAGCUGUGCAACGAUUCCCAUAUCGAAGAACUGUUUCAGGCACGGAAGAAGAGAUACAGAUUUUCUGAAUUGGAGAUGGAAACCUGAGAAAUGUGAUCUUCCAAAGUUUAAUGCCAAGACAUUUCUUGGAAUUCUUCGAGGGAAAAAACUCGCAUUCAUUGGAGACUCAGUUGCCAGGAACCACAUGGAGUCCCUUCUCUGUCUCUUAUCACAGGAGGAAACUCCGAUAGAUGCUUACAAAGAUCGUGAGGACAGGAAUCGGAUAUGGCAUUUUCCUGAGCAUGACUUCACUCUGAAAAUGUUGUGGUCAAGAUUUCUGGUAGUUGGCGAAGAGAGAGUGGUGAAUGGCUCAUCUUCUGGAGUGUUUGAUUUGCAUCUUGACCAUGUUGAUGAGACAUGGAGUCGAGAGCUACCCAUUUUGGAGUAUGCUAUAAUAUCAACGGCUCACUGGUUCUUUCGGCCAAUUUACUUGUACCAAGGCGCCAAUGCAAUCGGAUGCGUCUAUUGCAAUGAACAAAACCUCACUAAAUAUGAUGUAGCGGACGCUCUUGGAAUGGCCUUCAAAGCCACUUUCAAAUACAUCAACAACUGCAGAGGAUGCCGCAGGAAUUUAGUCACAUUGUUGAGGACAUUUGCCCCAGCCCAUUUCGAGAAUGGAACUUGGAACACUGGAGGAAACUGCAACAGGACGAGCCCCUACGGCGAAAAAGAGAUAGAGUAUUCGGAAGGCAAUAACGACUGGAAAUUGAGAAACAUUCAGGUGAAAGAAGUUGUAAGAGCAAGAAAAGAAGGUGAAAAAAAUGACAAAAAGUUUGAGAUUCUGGAUGUGACAAGGGCUAUGCUUAUGAGACCUGAUGGCCAUCCUGGAGCAUUCUGGGGAAACAAAUGGAUGAAGGGUUACAAUGACUGUGUUCAUUGGUGCUUGCCUGGUCCAAUUGAUGUGUGGAGUGAUUUCUUAAUGGCCACUAUAUCCAAGUAGGGUGGCUUAAAUUUUUUAUCUUAGAGGCAACAUAGUAUAUUUUAUAUCUCAAAAUUUCUGUACGGCAAUAUAUAUACCAUUCUUUUUGUCCAGAGAUAAAAUUUAUAAAACACCAUACCUCUUAAUAUAAUAAUAAUUUAUGCA